AUGCUCAAUUUUCAUGUUAUGUCGACUAUAAUUAUUUUUGUAUUUAUACGUUCUUCUUUUGCUGCAUUAAUAUGUGAAAAGGGGUAUCAUGUAAUUAACGAGUUUUGUUUGAUGUGUCUUAAGGGGACUUACUGUCCAGAUGGUAUUUACAUGUAUCGUUGCCCAAAAGUACUUCUUAUUUUUGCGAAACAUGUCUUCCCGGGACUUAUUCCUUUGGGGAUAAUAAAGAAGUUUGCACAGAGUGUUCUGCUGGGACUUAUUAGUCUUCGAAUUCAACAAAAUGCAGUAAUUGCUCUUCUGGGACUUAUUCAUUAUCUGGAUCUUCAAGUUGUACGCUGUGUUCAGAUGGUUAUUAUUCAUUGGAAGGGGCUUCGGUGUGUAUAUUAUGUUCGACUUCUGAGUGUGCUCCUUGUAGUUCAACAACUGGGAAGUGCACUUCAUGUUCAUUGGGAAGCGGCUUUGUGUCAGAUGGACGGUACUUGUUCAAGUUGCAAAACAACAUGUAAAACAUGUGAUUCAACAAAUGGGGACUGUUUGACUUGUUAUAACAAUUCGUUUGUUUUAAACGGUCUUUGUGUGAGUUGUCCAGCUGGUCAAUAUUUCAAUUCAAAAACUUGCUCCAGUUGCCCAGACAACACUUAUUCCUUGCAAAACAGUUCGACUUGUACAAACUGUUCUUCGUGUGUAACAUGUGACCAAACAAAUGGACAUUGUACUUCUUGUAAGAAUGGGCAGUUUGUAGACAACAAAUACAGUUGUUAUAAUUGUGUUGCUGGGACGUAUGGUGAUGGAAUUAAAUGCACUCCCUGCCAAACAGGUACAUAUUCAAGUGUAUCAGGAAGUGCCAGUUGCAUGUCAUGUCUUUAUAAAUCUUAUUCAAAUACAACUUCUUCAAUUUCAUGUACAGAAUGCAACUAUUAUUGCACUUCGUGUAAUGGGGAAAAUGGAUUCUGCUCUACUUGUAUGGCUGGUUGUGUUUUAUCAGGAAAUUACUGCAUUCCGUGUCAAGCCGGAACAGCAACAAACAAAGAUACAAACACAUGCGAUGUCUGUCCAGCAGGAACGUAUUCACACAAUCAAUCAGCAACAUGUUUUCUUUGUCAAGAUGGGUAUUAUUCAACAGAAAAAUCAUCAAUUUGUUUGCAAUGCAGUGUUAGUUGUCUUACAUGCAACAACACAAAUGGGAAUUGCACGACUUGCAUUUCUGGGUAUGGUUUAGAUGAGUUGUUCGAUUGCCACAUUUGUCCAGUUAAUACUUAUGCAAAUUCAGCAAACAACAAAUGCCAACAAUGUGGAGACAAAACAUAUCAACCAAAUGAAGGACAAACAUUUUGCAAUUCGUGUGAUAUCAACUGUGAAACGUGUGGUAGUGUCAGUGGCAAGUGUUUGACGUGUUAUGCUGGAUAUGGACUUGACAAUAAUGGGAAAUGUGAACUCUGUGGUGAUGGGCAUUAUUCACCUGGUGGGACAUCAUCGUGUUCAUCGUGUCCAAUUGAGUGUGUAAACUGUUACAGAGAGAGUGGCGAGUACACAACAUGUCAGUCUGGCUUCAAACAAGUUACAAAUCAAAAUACGGGAAAUGAAGAGUGUGUGUCGUGUUCGUUGAAUGAUAAUUGUGUUUCAUGUGAUUUGAAUGCAAACGAAUUCGAUAGAAUAUGUGUUGAGUGUGUGAGUGGGUAUUACCUGAAAGAGAACAGCUGUUACAAUUGUUCACAAAUAACAAAUUGUGUGCAGUGCUCACAAAAGAGCAGUGAGUGUCUGUCGUGUUCAAGUGAUUUUGUAUCAAAUGGUGGUGGGUGCGUAUCAUGUAAAUAUGGCGAAGUGAAAGUCACUUCAAAUAGGCGUAUGAGUUGUUUUGAUUUAAUUCCAAAUUGUUAA